AUGGCCUGGAGUAACUUCCAUGUCGGAAGGAACUGUGGCCAUGUUAAAUGGUCUCGAAACAUUUCACCCAAAUUGAACGUCUCAUCUGGCCAAACCGUCACAUUUGAUGCUAUCGACAGCAGUAAUGGCCAGCUUACACCUACUUCCGAUGCCUCAGCCAUCAGCACAUUAGAUCUCGGCAUCGCCAAUCCAGUCUUCGGUCCGAUCUUCGUACAAGACGCCCAACCUGGCGAUGUCCUCAAAGUCGAAGUACUUAAUCUCGAAGUCGCUGACUGGGGAUGGUCAGCCAUUAUUCCCGGUUUCGGCCUACUAGCCGACGAAUAUCCUGAGCCCGAGCUCAAGAUCUGGUCUCUGGAUCGCGAAAAGGGUUACGCAGAAUUCAAAAAUACUCGCAUUCCUCUUCGACCUUUCCUCGGAUGCAUGGGGCUGGCCCCGGGUAACGACGAGGAACUCUCCACUGUCCCACCGACACACCACGGCGGCAAUAUGGACUGCCGUGAGCUCGGCGUCGGCUCAACCGUUUACCUCCCAGUGCAGACUGCUGGCGCCCUAUUUAGCUGCGGUGACGGACACGCCGCCCAAGGCCACGGCGAAGUCUGCGGUACUGCUAUCGAAACACCUAUCAGAGCAACACUUCGAUUUGAACUAUGCAAGAACCAGCCUUGGAUAACUUCGCCACAAUACCAGACUCCACCUCUGGCUCAAAUAGCUAAUCCGUUGCCCGAUCUUGGAACAUAUGGCGCGCUUUCUGUGUCACCGGACUUGUUCGAGGCUGCGAAGAACGCUACGAAGAGUCUCAUUCAGUGGCUGGUUUCCACUAAGAAUCUUACGAGGAGUGAAGCUUAUAUUUUGGCGAGUGUUGCUGCGGACCUGAAGAUUGCUGAAAUUGUCAAUGUUCCUAAUUAUGAGGUGUCGAUGAGUAUUCCAUUGGGUACUUUCUGUUGA